AUGAGUUCCUCACCUCUCAAAGUUGUCUCGACAGAUAAGGCACCUGGAGCUAUUGGACCUUAUUCUCAAGCAAUUGUAGCGAAUGGUUUUGUGUUUGCGUCUGGUCAAAUACCCGUAGUACCUGAAACUGGCAAUAUUGUUAGUGAUGAUGUUCAGGAACAGACGCGACAAUCGAUAAAAAAUCUACAAAAUGUACUUGAAGCUGCCAAUUCCUCCUUGGCACUCUUGGUAAAAACCACAGUAUUCAUUAAAGACAUGAAUGAUUUCGCUGCAAUAAAUAAAGUAUAUGCUGAGUUUUUCGGAGAGAAUCGACCAGCCAGAGCGUGUGUAGAAGUUGCUAGACUACCAAAAGAUGUCAAAAUAGAGAUUGAAGGCGUUGCUGUUGUUGCAGAACCAAAGAUUUGA